AUGAGGAUCGAGACAUGCCAUCUGUGCUCUCGUCCAGUCUACCCGUCGAAAGGAAUCACAUUCGUCCGCAACGAUGCCAAAGUCUUCCGGUUCUGUCGGUCCAAAUGCCAUAAAAACUUCAAGAUGAAGCGACAGCCGCGCAAACUCAAGUGGACCAAGACAUCGCGUGCGCUGCGUGGCAAGGAAAUGAUCGUCGACCAGAACCUGCUGCUUUCCCAAUUUGCCAAGAGACGCAACGUCCCUGUGAAAUACGACCGGAACUUGGUCGCCGCCACGAUGAAGGCAAUCGAGAGGAUCGAGGAGAUCAGAUCGCGACGCGAGCGUGUCUACACGAGAAAGAGGCUCAGCGGCAAGGCCCAGCGCGAAGCGAAGAGACGGCAGGACCUCAAGGUCAUCGCGCAAGGAGAAAACCUCAUCCGCAAGGAACUCGCGGAUCUCGAGGCCGCGCGUGCCGAGACGGAGCCCAUGGCCGAACAUGUCAAGGUGGAGGUCGAGAUGGAGAAGUCCAGAGUCGUCGGCGAAGAGAGACUGCGCCAGAAGAAGAAGAGGAAGAUGCUUGUUGGUGGCGGCACGGAGGAGGAGAUGGAUUUGGAUUGA